GAAAAUCUAAUUCUUUCUCUCUCAGCAGUGGUUAGAAGCGUGUCUGGGGUAGAGCAUCAUGAACGUUCUCUCUUGCGCAUCAGCAUGUGGGUUGGUAUUGUUUGGUCUUGUUUAGGCAACCAUAUUUUUUUCAGUAUCAUAGGUGAAGAAGCUUCCAGGUCAUUUCCAGGCGACACGAUCUCAAAGCAGAUUUCCUGGUCCCUGGCUCUUACAAUCUUUGUUUCCCUUCUUCUCUGAUGCUCCCUGAGCCUUAAAGGGUACAGGAGCUGUGUGGUAGGUAUAUUUGUUGUGGCUGGAUUUUGACCAGCCGUGGUUUUCUGCGAUGGUCUCCGUCUCCUGUGAAAACAAGUGUCUGAUGGGGAUGAGGGCGACACUCACCUGUGGGUUUAGAAUGCAGUUGGGAGUUAGCUGUUCUAGUAAAGUGGUGUUAGCAGGUUCUCCUCUAAGAUCCAUGACCUCAAUAGCCCCAGGUAGUUGGCUAGGUUUUCAGUACUAGGCUGUUGGGAAGGCCUUAGGUCCAAUUAGAGGGCUGUUAGUUACCAAGAAGUCUGAGUGCCACUCUUUAGGACUUGUCUUGCAGGGCUGGUCAUUGUGGUUCAUAGGCAUCACAGUGGGUAGGGCUAUUAAUUGCUAACCAUUGGCAGCUUGUGUAGCACCUUCUGAUACUAUGAAGCUAGUCCUCAGGAAGGAGGCUUCAUCUGAGCAUUCUUUGUUUAGAGAUAAUUGGGUUUAAUUUUGGGAUCUUGAGCAGGAGCAGUGUUGCGAUUUUGUACGGUGUAACACCUCCCCUCACCCUGAGCAGUACAUAAAAGGCUUUCGCAGCAUUAAUUGAUUUUCUGAGUUUAUAUAUAGUUAAAGAUAGUUUGGUUUUGCAAAAUUCUGGAUUGACAUUGUGGCCAGAUACCAAAUUAUUGGGUUAUCCUUCCUGCCAUGGAGACGCUUAAGUAUGGCCCUGUGUGCCACAGGUUUAAGUAGCCAUUCUGAGGCCAGAGGCUUUAGUCCCUGCUUGAAGUGUUAGUGGCGUGCUCUGCUGUCUUGACAGAAUGGCACAGACAAAGAGGACAGGCUUAUUUUUUCACAGUCCUGGAGGCUGCAUGUUCACAAUUAGGGAGGUACAGCCAGGAUGGUUCCUGGCCAGGACCCUCUUCCUGGCUUUGGAUGGCUAUGUUAUUACUUGGCCUCUUCUCUGUGCUAAUGCGUACAAUGAGGAGGGAGGUGUAGUCUGACUUUUUAUUGGGACUGCUGAUUCCCCAAUAAUGACACGGAGACCUUAUUAUUAAUUAUAAAAGCUCAGGCGAUAGCUUAGGCUUUAUUAUAACUAGUUCUUAUAACUUAAAUUAACCCGUGCCUUUUAAUUUAUAUCCUACCACGUGGCUUUUACCUCUGCCCCAUUUUGUGUGUCCGACUCAUUCUACAUCUGGCGGCUACCCCUGGUAGCCUUCUACUUCCCAGUGUUCUCUCUGCCCUGAAAUCCUGCCUGACUAUUAAACCAAUCACCGUGACAUAUAUUCACGGUGUAUAAAGGAAUAGUCCACGUCAGGAAGGGAGAGAGGCAGAGAGAGGGAGAGAGAAAAAAGGAAGGGAAAGAAAGAGGGAGGGGAGACUUGUGGUUAGGUUAGGAGACUUGGUUAGGAUUUUAAUGUGUAAAUUUUGGAAGAAUCACAAUUCAGUUUCUAGUAAAAAGCAAUGUGGGCUUUUUGCCAAAAGGUCCAGAACAUUUUCAUUAUUUCUGUAGUUUAUGUAAAUAUAAGAUGUAGAUUUUUAUUGUUUUGGAAAAGUACAGCACCUUGUUUUAAUGUGGUUGUUGCCUGACGAUUUUUAUCCUUUCUGAUAAUAAUGUUUUAUAAAGGAUUUGGCUUGUUGACAGUCUCUCAAGAUUUUCUUCUGCUUUGUUUUCACAUCGUUCUAGGUGUACACUUGGUAUCCCUUGCUCAAAAUGCAUGUAGCCAGAAGCUUUCAGAUUUCUGGAGUUUGGAAAGCUUGAACAUACAUAAUGAGAUAUGAUGGGGUUAGGACUGAGAUCUAAGUACUAGAUGCAUUAUGUUUCAUAAAGAUCUGUACACAUAGCCAGCGGGUAAUUUCAUGCAGUUUUUUAGUGUACCUGUGUAUUGACUGACAUCUGUCAGGUAAGAUCUCUGUGACGUCAGGUUGGUGCUCAGAGUUUCAGGUUGGGUCAUCUUAGGCACUUCCCCUGUAGGUUUUUGUUUUUGUCUCCAUUUGUGUCUUUCUUUUGGCGUUUUUUUGUAUGGUAUUAGCCGUUAGCAUUUGCUUUCAUUGCAUGUGUGAGUGUGGCUUGGUAGGCCCAGGAGGUCGCUGCCCUGGGGACAGGGUUGCCAUCCUGGAGUGUGGCGGGUUGAGCCUGCCACUGCCACUGUGAAUGCCAGGUGGGAGGAAACUUCUGUUGCUUCAAGCAGCAGCAUUCCCUCUGCCUGUUCUAUGGAGAUCUCAUUUGUCUCUGGUCUGAGUACUGGAAAUAGCAUCUGAGUCUUCACCCUUGCUGUAUUCCAGGAACACAUGCCUUUGGCAUCUUGCAUCAUGGUUUUCAGUUCACGGAUGCUUGGUGUAAUGUAGACAGAACCUCCACUGAACACACCAGAAAACAGAGAGUACCUUGCAGAAAUCAUGUUUGAAUCAUUUAAUGUACCAGGACUCUACAUUGCAGUACAGGCAGUGCUGGCUCUGGCAGCCUCAUGGACAUCCCGGCAAGUUGGUGAGCGCACACUGACGGGAAUAGUCAUAGACAGUGGAGACGGUGUCACCCAUGUUAUCCCAGUGGCAGAAGGUUAUGUAAUUGGAAGCUGCAUCAAACACAUCCCAAUUGCAGGUAGAGAUAUUACGUAUUUCAUUCAACAGCUGCUAAGGGAGAGGGAGGUGGGAAUCCCUCCUGAGCAGUCACUGGAGACCGCAAAAGCCAUUAAGGAGAAGUACUGUUACAUUUGCCCUGAUAUUGUCAAAGAAUUUGCUAAGUAUGACAUGGAUCCCCGGAAGUGGAUCAAACAGUACACGGGGAUCAAUGCAAUCAACCAGAAAAAGUUCAUUAUAGAUGUUGGUUAUGAAAGGUUCCUGGGACCGGAAAUAUUCUUUCACCCUGAGUUCGCCAACCCAGAUUUUAUGGAGUCCAUCUCGGAUGUUGUUGAUGAGGUCAUACAGAACUGUCCCAUAGAUGUGCGCCGGCCGCUGUAUAAGAAUGUCGUUCUUUCUGGAGGCUCCACGAUGUUUAGAGACUUUGGACGCCGUCUACAGAGAGACUUGAAAAGAGUUGUGGACGCCAGGUUAAAGCUGAGUGAGGAGCUCAGCGGGGGCAGGAUAAAGCCUAAGCCUGUGGAGGUGCAGGUGAUAACGCACCACAUGCAGCGCUAUGCUGUGUGGUUUGGAGGCUCCAUGCUGGCCUCAACCCCGGAGUUCUUCCAGGUCUGUCACACCAAGAAGGACUACGAGGAGUACGGCCCCAGCAUCUGCCGCCACAACCCCGUCUUCGGAGUCAUGUCCUAGUGUCUGCCUGGGCGCCUCGUCUGACAGUGUCAUGUUGGGAAUAAGUGUCCUUCAGAACCCAGAGCAGCCAGGCCCCUGUAGAUAGCAGUGCAAGCAGGGUGCUCUCACCACCAGUGCGUGGGGCCGGCUGCAGUCCUUCCCGUCAAGCCAUCUAUCCAGUUACUGUUCGUGGCCCUCCCCCGUUGCCCUCCCCCCUCUCCCCCCUUCACCUCCCACUUUCUCUCCGUUCCAUCUGAGCUUCUAGUUGAAAGUAUAACUCUGAAGAAGUUCCUCGCAACCUUAGAAACUACUAAAGGAACCGUGAUUUCUGGAGAAAGCGGUUUCUCCAGGAAAGAAUGUGGGGUGGACCCCUGGCCUUCUCAGCCUAUUUUUGUAAAUAAAAUGUUAUAAACUUGAAAUACAUGUUUAUAUUUCCUAUCAUUUUGUAUUUUAUGGUAUUUGGUAUAACUGACUGACACCAAGCAUGAGUAAGUCUGGCUGUCACGGAGUUCUGUAAUAAAGUGUUUAACUGUGAGGCAUGUUCUGAUGUGUGUAUAGGCAAACAAAGCAGCAGGCUUUAUGCCACACGCCUGCUGGGAAAUGAUCACAUGUGAUUGGGGGUGAUAUGAAGUCUGGACACUAACCAGUGUUGGGUGAGCAUUGCUCCAGAUGUGCCUGAGCUUCCUGGACUGUUUUAUAGAGGAUGACGGGUCAAUGUUGCUGAUGUUGGAUGAAAUGCUAGCCACACUGUUGUAAUAAAAGCUGCUAGAAUCUUUAUAA